UCCUGCGCGAACAGUUGGACGGCACGCCAACCCGUAUUGACACAAAAUAGAUCCAACGCUCGGCUGUGUGUACCAAUGAGAGUUCCCCGCGCCGGCAUCUGUAGAUCAGCUACGGUACCUAAUUCGGCUGGAUUUGCAAUUCAUUUACGAGGUGAUAAAAUAUUGUUACGAUAAGUGGCACUGUUGGUUCUAGUGUAUGAUUACAGUAGGUUUAAAACGGAGAUUGAACAGUGUUGGGUUGUUUUGUUGCAUUAAACCAGGUACCGGCAGCAAAACAAUCAGUUUCAAUGUUGUGGAGGCUAUUACGCUGAUGGAUGUAUAUAAACAUACUAUGACUGACGCUAUACGGGAUAAUGCUUGUCAGUUUCGCUCGGAUGAUGUCAAUUUCAAGCUGACAGUUUCGUCGGAGCAUUUUCUUGCAAAACAAACACGCUGGUAACGUCCUCUCCAUAAGCAAGGAUAUCUGCCGUGAACCGCGACAUCCAAACGGUCCUACAGCAAGGAUACUUCGAGACAGUUUCUCCAAUAUAUUCGUAGGAUAAGUGUUCAGUGUGUCUUUAAGCUGUUAAUUAUAGACAAACACACAUUAAACCAUCCCACUCCCAGGACUGCUUCUGGUGUAAUGCGAUUGAAAGGUACUAAUUUGAUCACAUCAGGGAAAUGUCUACAAGAUCUAAAGCCGAGAGAAGUGUGAAUGUAACAAAGACUACCUUUGCCAAUGGCUGGUCGUCCUGCAUCCCAAAAGGAUAAUGGUUGAUCAUCAUCAGUCAACCCAGGACGAAAUUGUCCUACAUAACGUUCAAGACCAAGGGACGGAGCAAUUACCCAAUGGCCCCUGCACAAGUCCUGAAGAGGAAGGGGCGUCGCGGUCCCAAAGGUCUAGUUCGGAAUCAAGUAGUUCCAGUAAGAAAUCAAGACUUAAAAAACUAUCCCGUAAAGGAGCAAGCAUAUUGCCAAAUAACAGCAACUGGCGUCGGUUGCGGACCACGCUUAAAGUGGCGAGCGAAAUGCAGACUCAAAAGAAGAAGGGAACACUGGAGAGGCAGGAUUCAUUUCUGAGGAAAUUCUCUACAAGGAAUCAACGAGUGGAUGAGUGUUCGGAUGAUGAGGAUAAGAAACCUAGUUACUGGCGUCCUGCUAAAUCCCGGCGUCAUUUUGUGAUUCAACAUGACGGGAAAUUUAUGUUCUACUGGCUUGGUGUGAUGACCGUGGCUGUUCUGUACAACAUGUGGACGUGUAUAGCCAGAGAAGCGUUCAGGGAAAUUCAGUCAGGAUGCAAUUAUUGUUGGUUUACGAUGGAUGCGUUUGUGGAUCUUCUUUACCUUCUGGACGUCCUGGUUCAGUUUAGAACAGGAUACCUAGAUCAAGGACUGAUGGUCUAUGAUUCCAAAAAGCUAGCUAGGCGAUACUUGAAGUCACGCACCAUAUACUUUGACACGUUGUGUCUUAUACCCACGGAUCUGAUUCAGUUUUAUAUAGGGAUUCAUCCAAUGAUUCGAUUUCCACGAUUCCUCAAAGUGUACAGAACCUUCCGUUUUAUUCAUAUGCUGGAAUCCAAGUCAGCCUAUCCUAAUUUUUUCCGUGUGGCCAAUUUGUCACAUAUGCUAUUCCUUGGAGCGCAUUGGUUUGCAGCAUUUUAUUACCUAAUAUCUGAAGCAGAGGGUUUCGUCGGUGGAUGGUCCUACCCAAGACCCGAAGGGGAGUACGCUUCAGUGACCCGGAAGUACUUAGCUUCGCUUUUCUGGUCGACUUUGACCUUGACAACAAUAGGUGACCUUCCACCCCCGGAUACCAACUGGGACUGGCAAAUGUCAAACGUUGCAUAUGUUUUUGUUAUCGUGAGUUACCUCAUUGGAGUCUUUAUAUUCGCUACAAUCGUAGGUCAGGUCGGCAACGUGAUAACAAACAGGAAUGCCAGCAGACAGGAAUUUGAGAGAUUGCUGGAUGGCGCUAAAUUGUAUAUGCAAACCCAUAACGUACCUCCUGAUCUUCAAAAACGUGUCCAGCGUUGGUACGACUACGUGUGGUCCAGGGGUCGCCUCAACGGCUGCGACAUCAACUCUCUUGGUCUCCUGCCAGACAAGCUAAAAACAGAACUCGCAAUCCACGUCAAUCUUGAAACGCUGAAAAAGGUGACGAUCUUCCAGGAAUGUCAGCCGGAGUUCCUCCACGACCUGGUCCUCAAGAUGCGAGCCUACAUCUUCACCCCCGGGGAUCUAAUCUGCCGGAGGGGGGAGGUCGCCAGGGAGAUGUUCAUUGUUGCAGAUGGUGUUGUCGAGGUCAUCAGUGAAACUGGCACCGUCCUGAAACGAAUGGCAGCAGGGGACUUCUUCGGAGAAAUAGGAAUUCUUAAUCUUGAUGGCGGCAUAAACAGACGUACAGCUGACGUGCGCUCCGUGGGUUACUCCGAGCUGUUUGUGCUGUCCAGGGAAGAUGUACUUGGGGCCUUAAAGGAUCAUCCUGAUGCGGAGUCCAUCAUCCGAGACUAUGGACAACGUCGCCUACGGGAGAUAGAAGCCCAUCGCCAGAAGGUGAAGCCGCUUCAGAGGGAGGAGGGUUCCGAGGGACUUCACGGGGUGAAGAACUCCCUCCUUAUGACCAUCCGUAGCAUGUCUCCGAAACUGAGGCGCCACGAGCAGUCGCCCUCAUCUCCAAGGUUCAGUAAAGGGAACAGUUUGAAAAAUAUGGGCUUCUCUUUUAAUUCCGAGGAUGGUCCUUUUGAUUCAGAAGUGAAGUAUUCUCAAAGUAGUGGGCUUUUUGAAACGGUUUGUGGUAAUUUAAGGCGUUUGUUUCAUAGGAAGGUUAAGAGGAAGAAAGGUGAUGACGGGAUCACUUUGGACAACAGAGGGACAACUGAGGACCAGGCAUCCUCUGUUCAGGACAGUGGUUCUGAUAAGGAUGCACAGGCGAAAGUGUCUAAACUAUCCCAAGUGUUUAUAAAUACUCUUCAGUCAAAGAAACGGCCUGGUUAUAUGGCGGUGAGGACCGACGAUCAGGAGUCAUGUGACAGUGAAGCAGACGACAAAUCGUCCGACACAAAAGACAACCAAAUCAUUGAUCUGACCACAGCUGGAAAGCUAAAACAAUUAAAAGCCAAAGAAAUAUCGGAUGAGAAAGCACUUCGAAGUCAGAAAGAAUACACACCUCCACCGUUGCCGGUCAACAUGUCAUCUUCCAGAGAUUGUACUCCAUCUCCAACAGCCAAAAAAAGUAGUUCUAGAGAAUUUACGCCUCCUCCUUCCGCGAAACAAUCAAGUUCGCGCGAGUUCACGCCCCCUCCUAGCGCGAACCUUCUGAGGCAAAGACAAUACACCCCUCCUCCUGUUGAUAAUGUCAAGAAGUUUGAUAUACCAAGAUGCAAAAGCUCUUCUGCUUCAGAAUUAAUAAGGAGAGAUAACUCUCGCCUCGCCCUUCGCCUGAGUUCACCGCCGAGGGAUUACGUGGCUCAUAUCUCCACUCCUCCUCUAGCAUCAUCUAACCCAGCUUACAGCAUACUAACCCCUCCUCCUGCUAAGUCUAUCAGCACUUACACCUGUGACGUCGAUAAGUCUUCUUGUGACUCUAGUCAACUGUCGCCAAGGAAAGACAGUUCAUAUUUUGAUGAUGAUGAUGCAUCAGGCCAUUUAGCAGAAAAUGGACAAAGGAGAAAUUGCCUGUAUGUUCUUUGUUUUUUAAUCUUUUUAGAAUCGAUAUUUUCUUGACACAGAUAAUGACAAACUAUUUUCAGACUAACUGUACGUAUUGCAAAGUUC